AUGCUGUUCUGUCACCGUGGCUCAAAGGCAUCAACUCCGCCGUCGUCGAGUCAAAAGCCUCAUGAUUAUGUCUCAUCUCGAUUACAAGAAGUACCUUUGACUGAUGCAGUAGGGGAAUGGAGACUUCCAUCAAUUUUAACAGCUGGUUCUCUGGAUGAGCUGUCAGCCUCUAAUCCCCUCCUGCCUGAGGCACCUGUUAUGUCUGCUGCAUUGGAAGCUCAGUUGGCUACCCUAUCUAGUCGUGAGACGGACGGGAAAGGGGAUGGAGGGGAGAAACAAAAUUUCCGAUACGCCAGCCGAAGGCCGCACCACCUACCUAGUAGCGCCAGCAUGCAUAGCCUUGUCUCCUCAAUCACCAGCCAAGAAUAUCCCCCGAGUCAUACGCGGAAAAAGGACAGCACCAUGUUGUCAUCAGUUGUGGAUGGAAAUCUGUCUCUCCCAAUCGCACAUAAGAAACAUCACCACUACUCGGGAUUAAGUCUGCUAUCCCUGAGCCACCACAAGUCAACCAAUAGUACAUUGAGAAAACUUCGUUCUCUGGAUGUACAACAGUUCUCGGCUCUACUAGAUUUUGAAGAGAGAUAUAACGACCCCUGGGUCGGGUCAAUUUCCUUGCGAAGAACGGCGAAACCCAAUCUCGAGAACGAAAGACAUCGCGAAAAUUCUCUUUUCCUUUCCAUCCUUGAGGCAAAAGGUCUUCACAACAAGAAAAGAUACUACUGUGAUAUUUGUCUAGACCGAACGCUUUACGCAAGAACAACCAGUAAACAAUGCUUUGGAAAUAGCAUCUUUUGGGCAGAGGAAUUCGACCUAAACAACAUACCAGACGUUUCGAUUCUCACUAUGAGUCUCUAUCGUGAAGCCGAAGGCGGGACAAAGGAUGGGAGGAGGGGUCUGCUUGUUAGGUCCAACAGUAAAAAAGCUUCAAAAAAGUUCCAAAAUCGUCUCAUCGCCACACUGCCUAUCCUUCUAGGUUUUGUUACUCUUCCCGUAACGAAAGUGUGCACGCGAAACCCCACACAGACGUGGCUCACCCUGCAGCCGCCCGCAAAUGCCGAUUCCAUGAAUCCGACCCUCCUCACUCCCGGUGAAAUCGGAGACAGUAAUGGCACUAUCUCAACUAAUUUUGUUUCCUCCGCAAGCGCCUACAACGCGAGUGGAGGCACUGGAAUACAGUUACGUGUCUCCGUUCGAUAUAAAUCCGUCGAUGUUCUCCCCAUCUGCGCCUACCAUCCUCUCCACACGCCUAUUCUUCAACUCUGCAGUUUGCCAAGUUGUUCCAUGUCUACUGUCGUGUGUGAAUUCUUUCUCCCCCAUUCGCAGGUGUGCACGGAUGAUUUACCGCGCCUGGGCGUGGGCAAGCCUGCCCAGCUCGUUCGCAGGAAUGGACUCGAGUUUACUGAAUGGUUUGAGCACCUGAUACCGUUGAAACUGAAAGAGGAAGUCGCCUCCUGCUUUGUGAACCUACACGAACGUAGUGGAACAGCUGCUUCCUUCCUGACGGAACUUGUGGUUCGAGAGGUCUCCAACCUUGAAAAUGAGUCGAUGACCUUUCGAUCGAAUACAAUGGCCACCAAGGCUGUGGAAAGUUACAUCAAACUUGUUGGAAAAGAGUACCUCCACAAUCUAUUGUAUCGUUAUAUCCAACGGAUUCUGAUCUGUCCCGAGACAUGGGAAGUGGAUCCGGACAAGCUGCCGCCGUCCAGUUUCGCAUCAGGUACGCUCUUAGCUCCUGACGGUCAAGGUACAUCAACGGCAGCGACUCUGAUAAUUCAGGAGUACUGCGCCAAGAAGCGGAUGCCAACCGGUGGCUGUGAGCAGUCACCUCCCGGCAGUGGUCUCUCACGUCUGGCUGUGCUCAACAGCGGACGAGUCGCACAACCAGGCAGUCUAGUCUUUAAUCAAACUCAGCUGCUUCAACACCUUGAUUUGGUUUGGGAUUCGAUUUGCGCUAGUGUCCCUGAUUUCCCCAAGCCACUGUUGGAAGUAUUCUCUUCAUUUCGGGCUGUGCUUGAGCCAAGCAAGGGCGCUGAAUUUUGUGACAAGCUAAUCUCAGCGUGCAUCUUUCUUCGCUUUGUUUGUCCCGCCAUCCUGACCCCCUCCUUAUUCGGCCUUGCCAGCACCUUUCCCGGUGAGUCGAGCUGUCAGCGCAACCUCACGCUUGUCGCCAAGUCACUGCAGUCGCUCGCAAACUUCUCAACCUUCGGCGAUAAGGAGUCCUUCAUGCGUUUUAUGAAUGCCUAUGUGGAGGCACAAAUACCGGUGAUGCGAAGUUUUUUGCGCGACAUUUCCUCUCUGCCUGGAGUCCUUGAUCCAAAAAAACGAGUUUCCUCACCAGCAGCCGGCAAUAUUGACUGUGGAUACGAGCUGGCUUGUCUGCAGAACAUCUGCCUCGAGGUUUUCAACGCUUCCACUGGUGACCAGAAAUCAUCCAACACUCCUACGAUUUUUACAACUGGUAGUGGAAAUUCACCAGUGUCUUCAUUGCCUCCAUCAUUGACCUGCCUCCCUGGAAUUGUGUCUCACCUUGAGAACUUAAAGAAUGGAACGUCUGUCGAAACUGAUCUCACCGACAUUCGUACUACUUCUGACUCGGCAUAUGCGUCUGUUGAUUCAAACAAACGCUUCCCACCUCCAUCUACAUCAUAUACAACAACCGUAAACGCAAGAAAUGAGUCACAAAAUCUUCCAUCGUUUCACCUAUCUAUGGAAGAGUCCACAAGUGACCUUUCAGCAAACGCAGGAGUUCAGCAUCUUCUUCCUGACACCAACACCUCGAGCUCAUCUAUCCAGAAACCAAGACCAGUGCGACCUACCACGGUUAGGAUACCGACAAAUUCGCCUAGUAAUCAACAACCCUCACAGCACCAGUCGUCAUGCGCUAAUGUUUUGAUGACUUCAUCAAAAAGAGUUACUUCCCGUGAAGAAGAGGAGGAUGAUCGAGUCACUCUCAAGGAGCUCCUCAAAUCGGCUUCUUUCAUGAGCAAUUCUGGAACAUUCUGCGGUGGCAAUGGAACAAAGGCCACUUCGCGUGAAAAUGACGUCGACUACGAUGACCCUUACAAUGACGAUGCCUGCGAUUCGCAGACGCAGGCCUCCUGUAGAAGAACAAUUUAUGAUGCGCCCUACGAGGAAAAUGAAAGAAGCGGAGGCUGUCAGACUUUGAGCAGUGGUGCGAGUCCGGUACACACCCUCCAAUUUCCCUCUCUCUCAAGUGCUUUCUCUCUCUACCGGCGACCUCUAGCAAUGACUUCUACCUUGGGUGACGUUCCCCCGAUGGAGUGUACAGACAGCCCUGUCACCGUGCCCUUCACCAUCCCCACCUCGUUCGCUUCCUGCAAUGUCUCCUCUACGACUACCGCUACGACGGCUGCUGAUCUGCAUACCUCACCUCGUAGACGGAGCCACUGCAAUAAUGCUGCCCUCGCUAGGGCCCCCUUGAAGGCGUCUCCCACAUGUGCUGCGAAUUCUCCGACCAAUGACAUCCUUUUUCUUGAACCCCGACCCAACCUCAUAAUCACGCAUUUGAAAUCUCAUCUUUCGAGGUCCUCUACAACUUCAUCUUCUGGUCGUUCUUCCAUAAAAAGUAAACAGGAAUUGACCUCACAACAACACCACUACCCCUUUCGCCAAGUUGUCAAUGCCAAUCUAGCAAACUACGCUUCUGGUUUCACCGCUGCCGCCGCCGUGGCAAACAUGUCACCCGGGCAUAAAAUGUCUUCCUCGGUGGACAACACUCUCUUCCAGAUGGACUGUCAUUUGGGCAAUGAGUCAGUCACCAUGCCACUAACAGCGCUCGAAGACCUAGGUACAAUGGAGCCUGGCGGUUGCUGCACUCCAGAGGUUACGUGUGGCGUGGAUGGGAGAAAUGUGUUGUCGAUGAGGAGGACAAAUGGUUUUACUGGAAGUCGAAGCCAUCCUCCACCCUCGCAGCCCGUUUCGGCUGAAAACGAGCAACUGUUAACAUCAACUUUGGCAGAAUUAGGAGAUGCAGUUGCUUGGUUGGAGAGAGAACGCAUCGAUUUGCUGAACAUGCAAGGACGUCGACAAUCUAACAGCCGUCCCCAAUCUAGACCAGGGCAUGGCACUAAUGCUGGACCAUUGUCGCUGCCCAGAAAAGGUCUUGCCCUAAACAUUCAAACCUCUGUCGCGUUCGGAACUAGCCCCGCUUCUUCAACAAUUACACAUCAGCGCCCCCAUCCCAACACCUCAACGCCCUCUCUGUAUUGGCAGAACUAUCCACCUUCGCCCACAGAUGACGUAUCCACACUGACCAAAUCCACCAACAGUCUUACCGAACAAACUCCUAUUCAACGCAGAAAUCAACGGUCGGCCGUCUCAAAAACUAUCACUUUGACCCGAUCGGGCUCCUCUUCUGUGAGCCCUUCACGAAGAAGUCGGGAAAGUAGUGACUCCUCGGACAACGCUAGUGGCUUCCAAGCUCGUCGUCGGCGUACUACAACGCUGGUUCUGGCCAAUAAGGCAGCACCAAUACCAAUCGGUGUCAAUGGUGCCAUUCAGUCGAGUCCACAGACGCCAAUUGGAGUGCGAAGAAUGCCGACUAAAGGGAACAAUUCGGAGGAAUUGAACCCUAUUAUUUUACACCCAUAUCGCCCUCGACCGCAUCCCGUUAGUUUCGUCUCCACAUCAAACUGCAACCUUUUAAGGUCAAACAAUCCUCCUUCCACUUCCACAACAGCUGCUACCAUUACUGUAGCCGGUGGCGAUGUUGCGCACCCACAUCAACGAGGCGCAGGUGGACUUUUGGUUCUCUCAAGCUCGCCUCUGACAUCGUGA